CGAUGACGCGCCGUUGCACACGACAAACCCGACACCAGUAACUAGCACUCAGCAACCGCGCAAUGGGUCUCGUCGAAUAUGGUAGCGAUAGCGAGGAUGAAGCUCCUUCAACUUCCGCUUCAGUGCCACAGCAGCCCUAUCAAACAACUCCCCCACAGUCACAGAACCUCUCCCCCGGUCCAAUAACUACGACCAUAGAUGGCGCUUCCAGUCGUCAUUCACCCGGUUCUUUUCAGGCGUCGCCAGAACAUGAGCAACCAUCGACAGACGAUGCCCCGAUCGUAGGUCCGCAACGACCACCGUCGGACGAGGACGAAGACGAGGAAGACCAAGGCCCACCGCUUUCACCUUACACGGCUUCGCGAAACCUCAUCCACACGCUCACGCUGCCUCCCUCUAUCCCCACCAUUCCCCCAUCACCACCAGGGUCGCCACCGGCACCACUCGCGGCCAAAUUCGCACACUUCCGGGACCUCAAGACGAAAGGCGUGCAUUUCAACGAGAAGCUACUUCGCUCGUCGUCAUUGCGAAAUCCGAAUCUUUUGGAGAAGUUGACCGAGUUUGUAGGCUUUGCCGGAAAGGAUCAAUACGCAACCAAUCUAUCGUCUGAUCUGUGGGAUCCAACAAAGUUCCCUAAGGACGCUUUUGUCGAGGCAUUGGCAUAUAACCAGGCCAUGAUUGGCGAGGCGAGGGAGAAGGUGCAGCUGGAGUCUGGAAGGGAUAAAGUGGAGUUUGUUGGUUCAGUGCACGCCCCACAGGUACAAGCACAACCAAGGGAGAGAAUAGCCGAGAGCGCGGCUGAGAGAGUUAUGAAGGGAUUGGAUCGGGAGCGAGGAGGUGCGCCUCCAGCUCGAGGAGGCCGAAGGGAUAGGGAUAGGGAAGAAGGGGCGGGUGAGAGAAGAGAUGAUAGAAACCGCAGGAUGGACGAGGGCGGAGACAGAGGACGGGGCGGUAACGAUCAUCGGGACCGCCGACGCGAUGACAACAGACGGCGCAGGUCACGGUCAAAGUCGAGAGACCGUGCACGUGUAGACAGGAGACAUAAGGAUGUGGAGUAUCGCGAUAGGCGGUAGAGAAAGGACACAUGGAGUCUCUAUGGAGAACCAGAUUACCGGUAUGUGUGCAUGAUACUUAGGCGAGAUGCCUUGAUUUCCUUUAAACGGCGGUAAUAUUACAUAAAUGUAUGGGAAUCAAUUUUACUCUGAG